AUGGCGAAUCGGAGGUCUGUCUCGCCUAUAGGCGCGUCUCGAUUCGAGUCUCCAUAUGAACCCCCCCGAUCGCUACACAACUCCGCAGCAGCGUCGCCUAUCACUCCAGCACUGAACAGUAUGCCUUUUGCUCUGCCACGAUCCUCGUCGCGAGCUCCUCCUUCCGACUCGGUCUUUUCGCACGCCGACACGAUGGAGACGACGCAGACGUCCAUCUCGUCGGAGGACAACCGGCGAUACAAUGACGAGGAUAGUAUUCAAAGUCCAGUGGAGACCGUCUCUGCAGACGAAUGGUUCUCACGCUUCCACUCGGACGACGGAAUCGACGCCUUCCAAUCCGACGAAUGUCCCGAUCGAGCAACCCUCGCAGCAGUAAACAAUAUCCAAAUCUACGACGCAGAAGGCAAACCCCGCUCCUUCGGCUCCCUCUACGAACCCGCCUUCGCCACCCACCAACGUCAGCUCAUCAUCUUCGUCCGCCACUUCUACUGCGGCGCCUGUCAAGCCUACCUCAAAGCCCUGACCGAGAACAUCAGCAUGCAGGAAUACUUCACCAUCCCGGUUCCCACCUCGAUCAUUGUAAUCGGCUGCGGCGAACCAAACCUGAUCCCCCACUACAAAACCUUCACAAACUGCCCUUUCCCCAUGUUCGCCGACCCGGACCGCUCACUCUUCAAGAAACUCGGCAUGAAAGUCACCAUGAAUCUCGGCGGCGACCGUCCCGAAUACAUGAAAGACAUCUCCGUCCCCGCCUGGGCCGCAGGCCAAUUCAAGACGGUCAACGCCAGUCUCAAAGAUCCCGAAGGCAUUCGAAAACGCGAUGUCCUGAAGGGUGGACACCCUUUGCAGAUUGGAGGAGAGUUUUUGUUCGAGGAGGGCCAAGUGGUGUGGUGUCAUCGGAUGAAAAAUAUGCGGAAUCAUGCCGAGGUCCGCGUGAUUAGGAAGUUGUUGGAGUUGGACGAUUGA